AUGUCUCUCGAAGCGAUCAAAUACAAGCGUGGUCAGCUCGACAUUUUGGAUCAACUUCAGUUGCCUCAUACUGAGGUCUACGAUGAGGUCAAGUCUGCACAGGAUGCAUGGCACGCCAUCAAGGAGAUGAGAACCCGCGGCGCACCUGCCAUCGCAAUUGUUGCUGCUCUUGGUCUGGCUGUUGAACUUGAACUCAUUGCCGGGAAGAAGGAAUUGUCAAGCGUUGCCGAAGAGGUUGAAUUUUUCAUUAAGGAAAAGCUCGAGUAUCUGGUCACCAGCAGACCCACCGCUGUGAACCUUGCAGACGCAGCAAGAAAGUUGCAAAAGAUUGUGCAGACGGCCGCAAAGGCCCAGAGUGCUUCAGGAACUUCAGUCAAGGACGCAUACGUCCAGGCUGCAGAGCAGAUGUUGGUUGAUGAUGUUUCGGACAACAAGGCCAUCGGCGAGCAUGGUGCCGACUGGAUCCUCAAGAACGCUGCUGGAGGAAAGGACCAGGUCAGCAUCUUGACACAUUGCAACACUGGAUCUUUGGCAACUGCCGGUUACGGUACCGCUCUGGGAGUCAUCCGUUCUGUUCAUGCCAGAGGAUCACUCAGGAAAGCGUUCUGUAGCGAGACCAGACCUUACAACCAGGGAUCACGUUUGACUGCUUUCGAGCUUGUACAUGACAAGAUCCCCGCUACUCUUGUCACUGACUCUAUGGCUGCUGCACUCCUCCGUCUCAAGGGGCCUACUGAGAACAUCGCAGCCAUUGUGGUUGGAGCUGACCGCGUGGCUGCCAACGGAGACACUGCCAACAAAAUUGGUACCUACUCGCUGGCUAUCUUGGCCAAGCACCACGGAGUCAAAUUCUUGGUAGCAGCACCGCGUACGACUAUCGAUCUCGACACCAAGUCUGGCGCAGACAUUGUCAUUGAGGAGAGAGCAGGCAAGGAGAUGACGAUGAUCAAGGGACCUUGCUACAAGGGAUCAUCACUCGACCUGAAGCAAAUUGAGACAGUCAGCAUUGCCGCCAACGGCAUCGAUGUAUGGAACCCUGCUUUCGACGUGACACCGGCAGAGUUGAUCGACGGAGUGGUGACCGAGAAGGGAGUGGUAGAAAAGGGAUCAGACGGAGUGUUCCAUUUCGAGGAUAUCUUUGCGGCUUCUGGGUCUGAUGUGAAGCCCACGACUGUUGGCGGCCUUUGA